UUACGUUACAGCUCAUACUGACACUGAAGGAGAGUCUGAGGAAGAAAAGGGAUGGAUGAAAUCGCCUGAUGUUGAGAGAUUAGAAGAAGAAAAGGAGUUACUUGACCUUCUACAGCAGGUGGACAGUUUGCACAAGGGUUCAGAGGAUGAUAAAAAGGAGGGUUUCAGGCUGCUGCUUGAGAAAGAGGACAAGUAUGAAAACUGUGCAAGCUUUCUUUGGAGAUUUGCUCGUGCUUAUGGAGAUCUAUUUGAGCUGACUGCAGAUGCUGAGGAAAAGAAAAAGUAUGUUACUGAUGGAAAGACUAAAGCCGAAAAGGCCAUCCAGCUGGAUGCUAGGAAUGCAGAAAGUCAUCAGUGGUUUGCAAUUAUGUGUGGCUAUAUGUCUCAGUUUGAAAGUGUACAAAACAAAAUCAGGAAUGGUUAUCUCUUUAAGGAGCACCUAGACAAAGCAAUUGAACUUAAGCCUCAAGAUCCUUUUUUAUAUUACCUAAAUGGAAGAUGGUGCUAUUCUGUAGCUCAAUUGUCUUGGAUUGAAAAGAAAGUAGCUACUGCUCUUUUUGGAGCUCCUCCUACUUCCACAGUAGAAGAAGCAUUGCAGAAUUUCCUCAAGGCAGAAGAAAUGUGCCCAGGAUAUUCCAAGUCGAAUUAUGUGUAUUUGGCAAAGUGCUAUAAGGAUCUUGGCCAGAAAAACAAUGCACUGAAGUACUGUGAUUCUGCACUGUCAAUUCUCUCAGUUACUAAUGAGGAUAAAGAGACCCAGAAAGACUUGGAGGCUUUACUUCUCACGCUGAAGCUGUGA